ACAGCUAGGAACAAACAAACGGGCUUUCUUGCCCGGCGUCUGCGGAAAAGAAACGGAUCCGCCCAAGCCUUUUCCUCGCUUGGGACCUCGAUCUCCAAAGAGGCUUGCAGGCGGGAGCCACUGAGGCCGGAGAGCCGCGCAGAUAGCAGCCGCGCCCAGAGACAUCAAAGGCUCCGGCCAUUUUCGUUCUCUCCAGGCUUUUCAAGGGUUAAGGAGAGCGAGUUCUUCUCCCUAGAAAGGCCAUAUCGAGGAGUGAGGGGGUACUUCCGGCCCUCUUCUUCGCUUUCCCGGCGGAUUCCCCUCAGAAAAAAACAAAUCCAGGUCUUUGAGGCAUCUCGGGAAAGAACCAUUGGGAGGGGCGGGGCUAAGAUUUCCCGCCUGUCUGUGAGGAGGAAUCGCGCGACUGAGACGUCUUUUUUUUUCUAAGUCAAAUGAAAUAAACCCAUAAUGGAUGAAAAAAAGCAAAGGAAUAUUUUGCAUUUCUUUAGCAAUAUAAAAGAUAAUGUUACUAAUGAUAAUAGUAACAACAAUAUGUGUACUUCACUUAACUGUGAGCUGAUCAAUGAAUCAGAGCCUCCACAAUCCUCAUCAGGCACCAUUAGGAAGAACAUUCGAACUCGAGGUGGAGAGAAAAAAAAACUAAAAGUAUCAAGAAAAUAUGAUUCAAACUACUUGAAAUUUGGAUUUAUUCAAGAACCUGGUAGUGAGCUGGAUCCACGACCGCUUUGUGUUGUGUGUUCUGAGAGUUUAGUAAAUGAUGCCAUGACACCUUUGAAACUCAAAAAACACUUCCAAUUAAAGCACCCAGAUUUAGCUAAGAAACCGCUUGAAUAUUUUCAAAGAAUGCAUGAAAAUAUGCAAAAGCAAAUAAUUCCUUUAACAAAAAUGACUGUUGAAGAUAAGUCCUUACUAAAGGCGUCUUAUCUGACAGCACUUCAGAUCGCAAAAAAUAAAAAGUCGUAUAUGAUUGCAGAAGAAUUAAUUAAGCCUUGCAUGUUACAAGCCUGUGAAGAGGUUUUGGGAAAGCAGGCUGUCCAGAAACUGAAAAUAAUUCCUAUGUCUGCUAACACUGACAAGCACAGAAUUGAAGACAUGGCUGAAGAUAUUGAAAAUCAAGUUAUAGAAAUGGUGAAAAAUUCACCAUUUUAUUCAAUUCAACUUGAUGAAUCAACAGACAUAAGUAACAAGGUUCUUCUCCUUUGUUUUGUGAGGGUUGAGUGUGAAGGAGAGUUACAGGAAGAACUACUUUGCUCACUCAACUUGCCGGGUAGAACAACUAGCUCUGAGAUUUUUGAAGCACUUAAUAGUUAUUUCCUGGAACAUGGAAUUGAAUGGAAAAAAUGUAUUGGGAUAUGUACAGACGGUGCCACAAAUAUGACUGGACAUCUUUCAGAAAUUGUUGCAAAGGUGAAAAAUGUUGGUCACCCAGACAUUUUGUCUACACACUGCAUUAUACAUUGUGAACAACUUGUGGCAAAAAAAAUGUCCCCAGAAUUACACGAAGUAUUAUUAGAUGUUAUUAAAAUUAUAAAUGAAAUGCAACACAAAGCACUCAAUUCUCGAAUGUUUGAGGAACUUUUUGAAGAAAUAGGUUCUGAGUGUACUCACCUUCACACUGAGGUGAGAUGGCUGUUGAGGGGCAAAAUACUAACCCGACUGUUUGCCCUACGCAAAGAAGUCAAAUCAUUUUUCCAGCAGCAAAAUAAUCUGAAAUUUCAAAAACUCUUGUCCAAUGAUGAGUGGGUAGCCAAGCUUGCAUACCUGGCAGAUAUUUUUUCGCAGUUAAGUGAUCUAAACAUAUCUUUGCAAGGACAGCUUAAGGAUAUAUUCACACUACGAGAUAAAAUGGAUGCGUUUCAAAAGAAAAUAUUACUGUGGCAAAUGCGGUUGGCUGAAGAAGAUCUGCAGAUGUUCUCAAAUUUUGAUGACUAUAUGAGAGAGAAAGAUGUCAACCAGCAGGUGGUAACCAUUGUUCAACAGCACUUGCAAUCACUCACAGAAUCUUUUGGUCAUUAUUACCCAAAGAAAGAAGAUCCCAGACAUGGCAAUAUGUGGAUAGUAGAUCCAUUUGCAGCAAAAAUUGAAGAUUGCAAUUUAAGCAUGAAUGAAAAAGAAAGUCUCAUUGACCUAUUAUCCAAUGACCAUCUCAAAGCUAAAUUCCAGUCACCCAUAUCAAAACCUCAUUUUUGGCUCUCUGUAAAAAGUGAAUACCCAUUGCUGAGUGAAAAAGCAAUGAAAAUUUUGAUUCAAUUUUCAACGACAUAUUUAUGUGAAAAGACAUUUUCAUCUCUCACAGCAAUUAAAACUCAGUACAGUUCUUGGCUUGAAAUAAAAAUGGCUCUCCGUCUUGUAGUAACAUCAUUGGAGCCAAAAAUCCAUAAACUUAUUUUAAACAAGCAGGAACAAAUAUCAUACUAAAAUGUGUAAUACUUAAAUAAGCUUCAAUUGUUUUGUAAUAAUUAACUUUAAUAAUUUUGUUACAAUUA